GCUCUUCCUGAGACGCCUGACUCAGGGCAGAAAAAAACCCAUUUUGAGAGCUCUGAAUUGUGGGUAAGACAUGUCUGCGCCCUGUCAUGAGCUCGGACCACCUAACCUCUAUGUGAUAUCUCAGUUCUCCAAGUUGUAAACAAGGACUUCUCGUUCAAACAGCGUUCGUUUAAACACUGAAUCUUAAAGAUGUUGGAUAACACGCAGAAAGAGCGCAUCUCUAGAGAUGCGCACACAAGAGCAAUUAUUUCCGAAAUGCUGGCGAAGAAUUUCGAGAAGCUGCCCGACAUUGAUCAGAAAUUAUUCGUCUACGGACACAUGUAUCUGGGGGGAAAUGCUGGGCUCGCAGGAGUGAUAUCCAACAGCUUUUACCGCCGAGCUCUGAAUGUCAAAGAGGCGCGCAUCAGCUCCAACCUGCCGAUGGCCGUCCUGCCCUUCCUGACAACAUAUGCCUUGUACAACGCAACGGUGUCCAACCCCCUCCUGUCCGGUGACCUCAACUGUCCCACCUGUGUACUGAUGCGAGGUUUACUUGUUGGCGUGGUGGGCGGUGGGGUGUACCCCAUCCUCCUGGCCUUACCUGUGAGUAUGGGCCUCGCAGCCAGGUACAACACAGCACCGAUGCCAGAGAAGGGCAACCUGCUCCGGUACUGGAUGGACAUCUCCAAACCGGUCCUGAGGAAGAUGAGGCCAGUGCUGUUUCUCCAGGCCUUCUUCGGCACCUACCUGGCCAACAGGGACUUUGACACUUACACCAGACUGGCCGAGAUGACAUUUCACGCAGGCGGAGAAGAACUUAAAGACUAAAAUAUUUGAAUUGAACCUUAAAAUAAACCAUUUAAUAUGGAAUAUGCCUGGGAUCUUUACUGCAGGGUUACAAUUAAGUGUGGGCUGCGUCUCUGAUAUUGUGUGUCAAAGUUAACAUUAAACAGAUUUUUGGUAACACUUCAUGCAUUAAGGAGAUAACACUGCUAUACAAAUUUGGCACAUUUCUAAUCAGUAUGUUCUUUAAAUUUGUCUGAAACAAUUAUUGGAUUAGUCAUCCAUAGAAGAAUAGUCAGCAACAUUGUUUUAUAAUCUAUUAUCAUCAUAUUCAUCCUAAUCUCAAAUGUGUGGGUUAUUCCUUUUGUUUGUUACAUUACAUUUUAAAGUCAAUAUCUUGCUGUGGAAAAUUGUGUUGGGCAGUUUCCACCAUUUUUUAACAUUUUAUAGACAAAAUACUGAUCAUUUGUAAAAUAACUGAAAGAUUUAUUGAAAGAAAAAGGAAAAUAAUUGUUGGUUAGUUGCAGCCCUUUCAGAGAUAAUGCGUUGGCUCUGUUGAUUGCCUAAUGAAUUUAUCUUGACUUGACUUCGAUAUCUGCCUGGAUUGGCAGAUUAAAUCUUCUUAUGUGCUCAUCCAUUCACAUGGAUUUUUCUACCCUAAUCCAAAAUGUCCACAUGCAAAUGAGGUAGAGGCUGUACAUCAACCCUGACUGUGUGAAUUCAUAGUCUGUGCAAUGCUUUGAUCAAGCGUGUCAUAAACAAAAUCAACUGCAGGCAAUCAGCUAAGCAUGGUUGACUUUUAUUAAAGGCUUUUUUUUAAGGAA